AAAAAAGUUACCAUAAACAGGCGGCUCUUCGCGUCGGCCCUCUCCCUUCUCUGAAACUUUCUUUCUAUAUAUGUCUCCCUUUCUUUUCUUCCUACGGUAAAGUGUUCAAACGUCAAAGCCUGAACUCAUCAACGUCACCUUCGUCUUCGUCGUCUUCUUCAAUUGGGAGUUUGAUUGGAGCAACUAUGUGGGCGAUCAUAAGGCGAAAAGUUGUCAACGGAAGCUCCACGGCUUCGGUUUUCGGACGACCAUUGCGGGAGACUCGGCUUGUAACGGCGCCAGCAACGCGAAGUUACUCUACCAACGUCAAAGAGAGAUUGCUGCUUGGAAGAGGCUCGAAAAUUGUAGGCAGUGCUGGUCUUCAUGGCUGUCUAGGUUGUCCCAUUAGUUCAAAGACGGUCAGAGAAAGGAAACAAAAUGUGCCAUGGGAAGUUCUGCCAUUUCUUCAAACAGAUUCUCCUAACUACAUGCAGUAUAGGUCAUUUUCUUCUGAUAAUGGUGAUCUGGUUGAUGCUGUAGUGCCCUUCAUGGGUGAAUCAAUCACUGAUGGGACUCUAGCAAAUUUUUUAAAGCAACCUGGCGACCGUGUAGAAGUUGAUGAACCUAUUGCCCAAAUAGAAACUGAUAAGGUAACAAUUGAUGUGGCUAGUCCUGAAGCUGGCGUUCUCCAAAAGUUUGUUGCCAAUGAAGGUGAUACAGUGGAGCCAGGUACCAAGAUUGCUAUUAUCUCAAAGUCUGGCGAAGGCGUUGCACAUGUCGCUCCAUCAGAGCAACCACCUAGCAAGGCUGAUUCUAAGGCGUCUGCUGACAAGAAAAAUGCAGUCAAGGAAAAACCUAAAGAAGAAACCUCUCUUCCUAAGCCUAAAGCUGAAACUUCUCCUCCUAGGCCUAAAGCUCCUUCUCCACCACCCAGUAAACCUUCAGCAACAGAACCUCAACUUCCUCCCAAGGAAAGGGAAAGAAGAGUUCCAAUGACAAGACUGAGGAAACGUGUUGCAACACGUUUGAAGGACUCUCAGAACACUUUUGCAAUGCUGACUACAUUCAAUGAAGUUGAUAUGACUGGUCUGAUGAAGCUCCGUUCUGAUUAUAAAGAUGCCUUUGUUGAGAAGCACGGGGUGAAGUUAGGACUUAUGUCGGGAUUUGUUAAGGCUGCUGUAAGUGGGCUGCAAAAUCAGCCAAUCAUCAAUGCUGUCAUUGAUGGGGAUGACAUCAUUUAUAGAGAUUAUAUUGACAUCAGUAUUGCUGUUGGUACUCCAAAGGGUCUGGUUGUUCCUGUCAUCCGCAAUGCCGAUAAAAUGAACUUUGCUGAGAUUGAGAAGGAGAUCAACACCCUUGCAAAGAAGGCAAAUGAUGGCUCUAUAUCGAUUGAUGAGAUGGCUGGAGGCUCAUUCACUAUAUCUAAUGGUGGUGUUUAUGGAAGCCUGUUAAGUACUCCGAUCAUUAAUCCCCCACAGUCGGCCAUCUUGGGCAUGCACUCAAUUGUGAACCGGCCGAUGUUUGUUGGUGGGGAGAUCGUUUCAAGGCCGAUGAUGUACAUUGCUCUAACAUAUGAUCAUCGACUAAUUGAUGGAAGAGAGGCAGUCUUCUUCCUGCGUCGUAUCAAAGAUGUUGUGGAGGACCCUCGGAGGUUGCUUCUUGAUAUAUGAGGACAGUGUAGGCCACAUGCUAGACCAUCCCUUCUGGUGUGGCACUGUAGUUGGCUCCUCAGUUUACACCGUCAGCAAGUUCUUCAAUAGCGGCCUGUUUACAUAUGCGAGACUCGUUAUAUAACUUACAUUAAAUUCCGGUUGAGUUUAAGUUUUUUUAUUAUGGCCCGGCAAACCCUUCCCUUCCUCCCCCCCACCCAAAACAAAAGAAGAGACAGUGGUUAUAACCUCUAUUUAUCUUUGAAAAUCUCAUAGAAGAAUAAAGUCAAAACGUUUUUUUGCAGCA